AUGUUCUCCUUAAAACCAAGCGUUCCUAUUUUGGGACCAUAUACCAUCGGCAGCACAGAGUUCGAGAUCCCCAUCUCAGAAGUAGACACACAGACGAGUUCGCCAGAUCCGAAGGUCAACACAAUCAGAUUUCGAUUAUACUAUCCCACCGACGCCUCGCUCAACGGUCAGUCCGUCUCCUGGGUACCCUCACCCCAGAAGCAAUGGACCGAAGCGUUUGGUCGUUUUCUGGGCGCAUCACUGGGUUGGUCCAGUGUCGUGAACCCUCUAUUAUCAUUAAUGGCCUACAUCACGAUCCCUGCGGUACCUAACGCUCCACUACAGCCCAAAUCCUCAACUUACCCCUUGGUCGUCUUCUCCCACGGGCUGGCCGGCAAUUGCAAUACCUACUCCUCAUUCUGUGGCUCGCUGGCGAGCUGUGGUAUCGUUGUCGCCGCAUCCGAGCAUCGCGACGGAAGUUGCCCCAUUUCCUUGGUGCGCGAUGCGACUGGCAAGGUUGCCACCGAAAUCAAUUAUCGAAAAUAUGCUCACACCCCAACACCGGAUGUCUUCAGAGGGCGCAACACUCAGCUACGAAUGCGCCUUCAAGAGCUUGACCUGAUCUAUGUAGCUCUUACCAAGCUCAACUCGGGCGAGCACAUGUCAAACUAUGCCUCGAACGGCACCAAGAGCACGGCCCCUACUCUGACUGGCAAAUUAGACAUGUCUCCUGGCCGUGUAACCUGGGCUGGUCACUCUUUCGGCGCAUGUACUGUCACACAAUUCGUCAAGUCGGUCUACUACCGCCAUUCUCUACCCUCACUAAGUGGUACGCCACAAGAGAACGAUCCAGAUUACGAACCAAUCUACACACCUCGCUCUGGAUCCGCGCUCAUCCAACAGAUCACAUCUUCUUCACCCGUCGCCUUGCUUGAUGUCUGGACCAUGCCUUUCCGCGCCCCUUCCACGCAAUGGCUGUGGGAGAAGCCAAUGCCAUGCUACAACGUUGCCUCAGAUGUCGGCGUACCAAGCAAAGGCCCAACGACAGUCAGCGUCAUGUCUUCCGAGUUCUAUAACUGGACUGAACUUUUGAACCGCACCAUUGCUCUCCUGUCCGCUAAUCCAGCAAAGGCUGCCGAGGCGACGCAAGGUGGCCAGCGAAGCCCGAAAACGCCCAAAUUGGAAGAUGUCCAACCCAAGACACCCACGUUUGCGACACCACCAAACAAGCACGCCGACCAAGAAGACGAGAUGGCAGAUCACCAAAAUGAUUUGUUACCACCAGCGAGCCUGGCAUUGGACGAAGCUGCGCCUGGAGAGCCGAUCGAUCGCUCUACCAACGCCUCGCCAGCACUCUCCGUCGCUUCCUUGGCCUCAAACUCCUCGGCAUCCACAACCCUCCCAAUAUCUUCUGGCACCAGCCCGUCGGAUUCUCCUACUUCUUCCACCACCUCUCUCUCACCUAGCAUAACUGCGAAACCCACACCUGCCGCCGCUCCGAGCCAAACGCCUCUCACAACUCCCCUACCGAUCUCACCCGCCCUGCAGAGCCGCUCUUCCCCCUCAACGGCUUCACCCGCCAGGCUCUUCCACAUCCCCCAUUCCGCACAUCUGUCACAAUCAGACUUUGGCCCACUCUUUCCCACCCUGACACGGGUGCUUAUGAAAGCAGUCGACCCAAAUGGCACGAUGGUGAUGAACGUCCGUGCCGUCACGCAGACGAUGCGUAACGCGGGCAUCCAGGGGAUCGCGCGAGUGGAUGAUGCGAAAGUGCGUGAGGCGCGGAGGAAGGAACGCGAGAGGGAAACGGGGCUGUGGGACCGAUUCUUCGGUGGAAAACAGACGCUCCCCGAGGAAGAGGAAAAGGAAGAACCCAGGGAUGACAUCUUGGAGAAGGGCCAACGAGACAAGCAACCGGGCUCCGUGGCAAAGACGGAGGCGCGUGAGGAGGAUCUACCGCGCUGGGUUGAGUUGAACCUUCAUCAUGUCCGGUGA